CCACUAUCUGCAGUCCGGUCUGCAGGCGUCGCCCCGGAACGUGUAUUCUUCACAGUGUGGUCAUCAUCCGGGAUUGCUCCUCAAUAAACUUUUCUCCAUCUGUUUUGGCAUUUUGCGAUUGGGAGGGUCGUCUUCAAGCAAAUAACGAGGGCAUAAUUGAAUUGAAGACAAUCAAACGAGUAUUCGACGGGUCCAUGGCAGCACAUUUGCAGGCCUAUAUCCCUUACAGAAGCUUAAAUGUAUUAGGAUGACAAUGGCGGAUUAGAUAGCUGACAAUCGGGGUAGCCUGCCCUAAUAGCCUGAUGUUUUGACUAAAGGAAGCGACGCGUGUGAUAAAAUGUUUAUCAGCAACAGGCAUUCAGUAAGAUAGUGUAUGAAAUGAUAAAGUAAACGCUUCGGUUGCUGCAUCAAAUACAGAUGGAACAGAAUGGCAUAUUUUCCGGUGACAGAGAAAAUAUUGGGUUGUAUCGUAUUCGUUGAAAAAGGCUCACUCUUCACACUUUUUAUGGCAAUGCUAUUUUCCAUUGCGUGGACAUGAUAUUUCCAGCUCGCAGAUAUCGGAUUCACUGGUCUCGUUCUUGAAUUUUCUUUGAUUCUGACACGUAUGCUAACAUAGGCAACCAUACCGUCACCGACAAACAUGGGAACUCAGGUUACUGGAAGAAAGAGAAUUCCCAAUAAAGAAAAAUUUACCGCAGAGGACGAUGCUCUCAAUCAGAUUGCUCGAGAGGCCGAGGCGAGGCUGGCGGCGAAGAGGGCAGCCCGGGCAGAGGCACGGGAGAUCCGGAUGAAGGAGCUGGAGAGACAGCAGAAAGAGAUUUAUCAGGCCCAAAAGAGAUACUAUGGUCUGGACAACAAGUGGGGGCACAUUGAACAGUGGAUGGAGGAGAGCGAGCGGUACUCCCGUCUCUCUCGGAAGCACACUUCGAUCUCUGACGAUGAAGAGCGGAUGUCCGUUGGAAGCAGGGGCAGUCUUAGGGGGACCCACUUCCCGGAUCAGUACUGCAGCACCAGCAGUCUACCCUCCCUCAGACAGCACAAUAACUCCACUCAGAACGGCCGGCCUUCGGACUACAGCGGCUUUCUGGGCUCCAGCUCUCGGGCCUCGUCCAGGGCCAGCUCGGCCCGUGCCAGCCCAGUGGUGGAGGAAAGACCAGACCGGGAUUUUAUAGAAAAGGGCUCCAGGACGGCCUCCACCCUGUCGGCCGCCACCCUGGCCUCCCUGGGCGGGGCCUCCUCCAGGAGGGGAAGCUGCGACACGUCCUUCUCCGUGGAGACCGAGGCCUCCAUACGAGAGAUGAAGGACUCCCUGGUGGAGUCGGAGGAGAAGUACCGCAAGGCUAUGGUGUCCAACGCCCAGCUGCACAACGAGAAGUCCAACCUGAUGUACCAGGUGGACACGCUGAAGGAGUCCCUCAUCGAGCUGGAGGAGAGGCUGUGGGAGUCGCAGCGCGAGCUCAGCGACAAGGCCAAGGAGUUUGAGAGGGUGAGGCAUGCCCACAGCGUGCUUCAGUUCCAGUUCAGCGAGACGAGAGAGACUCUGAAACAGAGCGAGGAACUUCUGACCGAAGUGGGAGAGCUGCGUCUCAAAAGGGACAGCGGAGCUAGGGAGAUCUCUGACCUGCAGGAAGCGCUGGAGUGGAAGGAGAAGAAGAUUGGGGCCUUAGAGAGGCAAAGGGAAUACUCGGAGGCCGUGAGGACUGAGCGGGAUCUGCUCAGGGAGCAGGUGGUCCGUCUCACAGAUGCCCUCAAGAAACAUGGGAUAGCGCUGUCGCCUGAGGUAACCACCAAUGGGGCGACAGGAGAUGGAGUGCUGGUGCACAGUCCGCUCUGUGCAGAGCCUGGCUCCCGAUUGGCUCAGGAGGCACAGCCACCUCAUAUAGGUGGAGAGAGCAUGCUGGAGCUCCGAUUAAGAAAACUAGUCGAUGAGAGAGAAAGCUUAGUGGAUCAGGUGAGGAGGCUGAAGUCUCAGCUGGAGCAGAAACCGAGGAACGGUACUGAGGGGCCAGAGGAGGAGGGCGUAGAGAACGGCAUGGACCCCUACAUCAUGGACCUACAGAGGGAUGCAAACAGGCAGAUCAGCGACUUCAAAUUCAAACUGGUUAAAUCGGAGCAGGAAGUCACAGCGCUCGAACAAAAUAUCAUACGGCUGGAGGGUCAGGUGACCCGCUACAAGUCGGCCUCGGAAAGUGCCGAGAAGGUGGAGGACGAGCUCAAAGUGGAGAAGCGCAAGCUGCAACGCGAGCUGAGGUCAGCCCUCGAUAGAAUCGAUGAACUGGAGGCCAGUAACAGCCAUCUAUCCAAGCGCCUGGAGAAAAUGAAAGCCAAUCGAACUGCUCUACUGGCCCAGCAGUGACGCAUCCCGCAACCUCCACUUGACCUUUGACCCAUCAGUAGACGCUGCCAAAGGAUUCAGAGCAAGAGGAAGCUAAACACGAAGAUACGCAGUGGCAUAAUCAUGCAUAACGUUCUCCCAGAUGAUCACCCUAGGCCAUGUUUUCAUCAGCUGUACGUGCAAAGAACACACCAGAUCAAGAGGUUGUUUUUUGGGGGUGGUUUUCUUUGACCACAUCGCUGGUCGGAACGUCUCCAUGUUUCCAUGCAAGACUGUAAGGACCCUGAGCCUUCGCGUGAGGGUUGCCGCGGAGACACGGAGAGGCCCUGUGACGGACAGAAUGACUCAGUCACAUAAACCCCUCUCUAGGGUGGGUGAAGGAGUCAAAUGCACAACAUUGAACAAAAAUUGAACUACCCCACCCCCCACCCCUCCUCCUCUCACUGUGGCUCAUGAGUACAACCCCCCCACCCCCUCUAUAUUUUCUGAAAUACGUGGCAGUACCUAUCUCGGCCACCUGAGUGCGCUGUCCUAUCGAGCUAGCUCAAUCGCCAGGAGAGGAACGACAGGGAAGGCUAAAUCAUUGACUCUGCUGGUUCUCGAGUUCACCGUUUAUUUGAGCUCUUUCUUUCCAUUUGUAUAUGUAUUUGAUGGAAAUGCAUUCUGUUCCCUGACGUACUCCCAAGCCAAACUCUUCCGUUGAUUCGAUUUGUUUCGUUCGAAGGUGAUGUACGUAAUAUAUGUCCAUGUUGUUCAACGCGGUGUCUUCGUACUGUGGGUGUGUUACAUAUCUAGAUGGGAUCGGUGCAAAGUCACCUGGCACAAAACGAAUGAAGAGCACCCAGCAUCGUCUUUGUGCCACUUAUAAAAGCAGACUAUAUGAUAUCCUUCAUAACAAAAAAGAAAUGUACCGGCACUUGGGGGCGAAAAACACCAGCUUUAAAAUGUACGAAUAGUAUCGCCUCAAGCAAUUAAAGGCAAUUGGUGACUCAUUGAAACCUAUGGGAGAAUACAAUCAUUGAAAUAAUGCUUUGCAAUACCACUUUGUUUUGAAUGUACAGACUGUUGAGAAUCGUUGCCUAAAUCAAGGUGUCAUGUUAUUGACGGGAGCAAAACGCGUCCCUCUGCUUGGAAGGCCUGGAGAGAAGGGGGGGGGGGGCAUUGAACACAACCUCCCAUUCCCCUCUAUACCUGCCACAGGACAUCCAUAUGAUCCCACGAUUGAUACCGCUCUAUUUACGUCCAGACCUGUGUAGAAGAUGCCGAUGACAAGCUGAAUCUCUUUGGGAUCGCUGAGGCUUCUGAAUGCCUGACAUUGAAACGGACCAAGUUCCUCCUCCGAGUUUUGUUCUUUUAAACGCCAGGACGGUCGUGGGUGCAGACGGCGGGAAGGUCCUUGCCUGGUUUUUGUUGAGGGGUGUUGGGUCUCUGGGGUGGUAUGGACGAGCGCUAGAUUAAACUCAUUCCACAACUCUG